AUGUCACAAUGUUUAUUAGAUCAAAAUUUUAAAUUAUCUAUUAUUAAACGAUGUUGGGAAGAUCAAUUACGAAUAAAACGUGAUGAUUUUGUAUCCGAUUGUGAUUUAUAUGUUGCUUGUGUAAUUCUUCGAAAACAGAUCGAACAUAUUGAUGGUAAAAAAGAAAAUAUUGUUAUACCAAAGACAGGAAUGCGUGAACAAGUAUCAACUAUACCUAAUGCAGCUCAAUCUGAACAAAAUCGUACAGAUGUUGAUGUGAAUAUAUCAUCACAAUCAUUAACAAAUGAAUCUACAUCUUCUCAAUCUUCUAUUAACUCAACAUCAAAAUCAACAAACAAUAGUAAUGAACGUGAAACACAAACAAAUAAACAAAUAACUACUAUUAAUGAUCGAACUCAAUCAACUGAUUCACAACCAUCGAAUCUUUGUGUUCUAUGUCUGACAGAAGCUAAACAAUUAGCUUGUAUACCAUGUGGUCACAUGGCAACAUGUAUCGCAUGUGGUCAUUCACUGCGAUUGUGCUCAAUAUGUCGACGAGAAAUCGAUGCAUUUAUUAGAAUUUACAUUUAA